AGAACAGAGCAAAACAGAGAGAAGAGUCCUACGGCCUGUUGGGUAUGUCCCUCUGUUUCUCUCCGUAUAAAGACCGAGCAAAUUCCCAAACAAAAGUGAAAGAGAAUUUGCAGACUCUCUUUUAGUUUUAGCUUUUUUCUCUAUAUAUAAACCAAACAUUUACUGAUACCCAAAGACUCAAUUCACUGCUAUCCCUUAAAGCAGAUAAAGAAGAAAAUAGAGUUAAGGAAACAUGCCUGGAAGUUUAGACCCUUUGGAUGUGGGCGUUCAAAUUCCAUACUACUUUCGUUGUCCAAUUUCCUUGGAGCUUAUGCAGGAUCCGGUGACCGUUUGUACCGGUCAAACGUACGACCGGCAAAGCAUUGAGUCCUGGGUGGCCACCGGCAAUACUACAUGUCCUGUAACAAGGGCGCCGCUCAGUGAUUUCUCUCUUAUUUCAAAUCAUACUCUUCGCCGGCUUAUACAGGAUUGGUGUGUUGCGAACCGGGCUUUCGGAGUUGAGCGGAUUCCGACGCCGAAACAACCGGCUGAUCCGGUUUUGGUCCGGUCGUUGCUGAAUCAAGCAGCGGCUGAGUCGAAUCAUUUGAAGUCUAGGCUUUCGGCGUUGAAGAGACUCAGAGGACUCGCUCGUGACUCGGAUAAGAAUCGAUCCGUAAUUUCGGCGAACAAUGCACGUGAAAUCCUUUUGUCUAUUGUGUUCUAUCGCAUGGAUUCCGACUCGUCCGAGUUGAAUCACGAGUCUCUCGCGAUUCUCUCUAUGUUCCCGCUCUCUGAAGGUGAAUGCUUUUUUGUCGCUUCCGAUCCGGACCGAGUUAGUUACCUGGUUUCUCUGCUUUUUCAUCCUUCUAUCGAUGUCCGAGUCAACUCAGCUGCUUUAAUUGAGGUUGUCGUCGCCGGAAUAAGAUCAUCGGAGCUCCGUGCACAAAUCAGCAGUAUAGAUGACGUCUUCGAAGGAGUAGUCGGAAUUCUGAAUUAUCCAUUAGCCUAUCCGAGAGCGUUGAAAGUCGGAAUCAAGGCGCUGUUUGCUUUAUGCCUAGUGAAGCAACACCGUCAAAAGGCAGUGGCCGCCGGAGCGGUGGAAGCGCUAAUUGACAGGCUACAGGAUUUCGAGAAAUGCGAUGCGGAAAGAGCGCUUGCCACGAUCGAACUCCUCUCCAGGAUUCCAUCCGGAUGCGCCGCGUUAGCGUCGCACGCGCUAACGGUGCCUCUGCUGGUGAAAACCAUCCUGAAGGUAUCGGAGCGUGCAACGGAGUACGCCGCCGGUGCACUGCUAUCGCUCUGCUUGGCGUCGGAACAAGCUCAAAAGGAAGCGGUUGCCGCCGGCGUCUUGACUCAACUGCUGUUGUUAGUCCAAAGCGAUUGUACAGAACGCGCAAAGAGAAAAGCGCAAUUGCUGUUGAAGCAGCUACGCGAUUGUUGGCCGGAGGACUCCAUCGCCAAUUCGGAUGAUUAUUUUGCUUACAGCGACGUCGUUCCUUUUUGAGGAGUUCACCAUUCUUACCUCUCUGUCUUGCACAAUCUCCCCCAAUUUUUGUAAUUCGAGAGUUAUAAUGCAAGGUGGUGGUCACACUAAUUGGAAGAUGAAGGAAAGGGACAGUUCAACUUGCCUUUGACCGUGGACUACCUCAUUAAACCAGAUGUGCCUUAACGGCCGCUGACGGGAGCGCGACUAACCUAAACCUAUAUGAAGUCUAAUUCAUCCAAAAGAGUAGAGAGCUGUUUUUAAAGAGAUUUGGAAGGCAAGAACACGAAAGAAAGACAGAGAAUUUCUUUAGAGUUUUUAUCUUCUUCUUUUUAAUUCCAUUGUUAAUUAUGACUUUAUAUAGUGAAUUUUAUCUCUUAGUAUGAGUAGCUAAACCUGUCAUCUAGGGCU